CAUUCUCCCCUUUAUCUCUUUUCUUUCAGUUCUCAUAAAAAAGAUGAAGAAAACAGGCAUCAUAUUAUUGGCGCUACUCUGUGCCACCUUCCAUCUCGCUAUCUCAUUCACUCCCGAUGGAUUAGUGCCGAAUGGGAACUUCGAACUGGGGCCGAAACCAAAUCAAAUGAAAGGCACGAGAGUGGUGGAUCCUCACGCGAUACCCAACUGGGAAAUCUCAGGCUUCGUGGAGUACAUAAAAUCAGGGCAGAAACAGGGCGACAUGUUACUGGUGGUGCCGGAAGGCAUAUACGCCGUCCGCCUAGGCGAAGACGCAUGGAUCAAGACCACAGUGAAGGCCGUCAAAGGCACCUACUACUCCCUCUCCUUCACCUUCGCCAGAACUUGCGCCCAGGAGGAGCGUUUGAAAGUCUCCGUCUCUCCCAAUUCCAAGCCCAAUGAUUGGGGCAUGCUGCCAUUGCAGACCAUGUACAGCAGCGACGGCUGGGAUUCUUAUUCCUGGGCGUUCUUGGCGGAGGCGGAGGCCGUGGAUAUCGUCAUUCAUAAUCCCGCCGCCGAGAAGGACCCCGCGUGCGGCCCGCUGAUCGACUCUGUAGCUCUCAAGGCGUUGAAUCCGCCGAGAAGACGGCGGGGGAACAUGUUGAAGAAUGGGAACUUUGAGGAAGGUCCGUAUAUCUUCUCUAACACCACAUGGGGAGUCCUGAUUCCCCCCAAUGUGGAGGACGAUCACUGCCCGCUCCCCGGCUGGAUUAUCGAGUCCCUCAAGGCCGUAAAAUACAUCGAUUCCGACCACUUCUCGGUCCCCGAGGGGAAACGAGCAGUGGAGCUAGUGGGCGGGAGGGAGAGCGCUUUGGCGCAGGUGGUUAGAACAAAACCGGGUAAAGUAUACGAUCUCUACUUCUCGGUGGGCGAUGCCAACAACGCGUGCGAGGGUUCGAUGGUGGUGGAGGCGUUCGCGGGAAAGUUGACGCUUCAAGUUCCGUUCCAGUCGAAGGGGAAAGGCGGGUCCGUUAAGGCCAAGCACCGGUUCACGGCGAUCUCGACCCGGACCCGAGUCAGGUUCUUGAGCUCGUUCUAUCACAUGAAAAGUGACAACUCUGGGUCUCUGUGUGGGCCUGUCAUUGAUGAUGUUAGGCUUGUUAGCGUUCGCAAUCCCAGAAUUCCGUGAACUGAUACACACCAAAAGGCUUAAGUUAAUUUAUAUAUGCUGUACUGUUGUUUAGUUUAAGGUUUUCGAUGUCACAGAAGUCGGAAGCUAAGCACAAAGGUUUCUUUCUCGAUCUGCCUGCCAAUGGCAAUUGGCAAAGCUAGCAAUAGAGGGGUGGGGUUUAAUUUGCGUCGCUACAAUAUCUUAUGUAUGUGUAUUUGUACAAUUUUCAUGAAAUGAUAUUGCAUUAUUCCAUCAA